CAAGACGGCUGGCCGCCACACACGGCGGGUGCGCGUCGCCGGGUCCGCGGCGCUCCGGCCCCUCCGGCCCCUCCCGUCUCUUCCAACCCGCUUCAGCAGUAACACCCGUCGUCUCUAGUCGCCGGUCACGCUCAAUGAGCCAAGGCGGGGGCAGCGAGGAUGCCGCGGCGUUGCUGACGCUCACGGCGGUUCGGAACGAACGACAGUUCUACUACGACAAGCUGCGCCACAUCGAGACACUCGUGGCGCCGCUCACGGAUAACACGAACGCAACCAGUGAGGCGAAGAGCCUGGCGUGUAAGGUUUUAGAGAUACUAUACGCAGCGGAUUAG